CUCGGUCGUCUUGAUGCUGCUUCACAGAGGCAGCUGGAUUUGUCCUGAGGUUAAAUUACUCACAGUACCGGGAAGCUACAGGAUCUACAUCAUAAUGGUCAGUUUGUCACUUUUAAUUUGCGGUUUGAUGGCUGGACUCACAGCAUUAUCCGCAGCAUCGCCCUCAUCUCUUAGGAUUUUGGAUCUGGUCUGCAACCAAACGGGCCUUAACAACUGCAAAAUUUCCAGCUGCUCAGAUAUGGACAAGGUUCCUCGAGUCAGUGCUAGUACCGGCCCAGAGUGGGAUUCGGUGCAAAUCAAGACAAGCAUGGACCAAGAUGGGCUUGUUCCUAUUAUGAAGGUGGUCUGGAGACUACAAGCUGAUGGGUCCAUUUUCAAAAUUCGUGGUUCAGAGAUAACGGUUAAAGAUGAACAUACAAACCAGAGUGUGUGCAUGCAGUUUCGUUACUCCGUUGGUGGUGUAGAAACUCCAGACGAAACAAGGUGGACCUUUUCCUUGGACGUUGUGGUAGAGCCUAAGCAUGCAUACAGCAUGGAAGUGUUUCAUUUGCCCGAACCUCAGAUGGGACAUUAUAGAAUCUCAUACCGAACAUCUGUACCUGGAUGUGAAGACCAGAGAAUCAAAAAGGCCCAACUGUGCCAGGAGAACGGCAGUCUAUGGGAUCCCAAGAUAACAGCUGAGCUCUUUGAGGGGAAAGAUUUGAUUCUUGUGAGGUUUAACUCCACGGAGUAUUCAGAGAAAUACAGAGUUUUCACCCAGUGUGGUAGUCUGAAUCCUUCGCAAUGGGUCUUUAAGGGAAACCGAACGCUUCUGAACGUGACGUUGGAGUGUGAUUUGUCUCAGCUGCCACAAUCUGAAAUCCUAAUAAUGAUCCAGCCAUUUUUCCUUCGCUGCAGAAAUAACUGUGAGACUGCCAAGAUGUCGCUUUCCUGCUGCCAAAAUAUUUCAACACCAAUUUUAAUUACAUGGAGCAUGUCUGUUAACAUCUGCGUGGGACUGCUGCUGAUACUUGGUGGUUUUCUUGCUUUUGCACUGCAGAAAGCAACUCGCAGAGGACCACCGAUCACGCCUACCUCUGCUGACAAGGAGCAACCGGAAGUUUUUCAAGUUCAAAAGAGAAAGCGCGUCCUCAUCAUUUACUCCCUUGACCAUCUGCUCUACAAGAACAUCGUCCUUAAGUUUUCUGCCUUCUUAGCAGCAAAGUGUGGCACCGACGUGGUCCUGGACCUGCUGGAUUCAACCAGACUGGGAGUACUGGGGAGCAUCCAGUGGCUGGAGUGGCACAAGGAGCAAAUCGAGAGCUCUUCAGACAAGAUUUUAAUCCUUUGCUCCCGAGGAGUACGGGCUAAAUGGAGAGCCAUGUGUGGAGGCAAACAGGUUUUUCUGAGGGAGGAUGCCCUCUCUCCGAUGGGCGACACGCUCACCCCGUCCCUCACUCUCCUCGUGCCUUCUUUCAUCCGGUCCGCGUCGUUUGAAAAGUACAUCGUGGCUUACUUUGAUGACGUUUGUUCCGACGAGGACAUUCCCUUGCCCUUCAAGAUUACAGUGCGCUACAAGCUGAUGAAACAGUUUGAGGAAGUCUUCUUCAGAAUCCUGAACACAGAGAAGCGCGAGCCGGGCCGAGUAAAGCAAAUCGAUGGACUCUCGGAGGAUAAGUACCACGAGUGCCCCUCGGGACGGGCCCUGAGGGACGCCAUAGAGGCUUUCCGUGAGUAUCAGCUGGAGCAUCCACACUGGUUCCAGGAGGAGCUGCUGGAACGUUCAGAGCUGGAGGAGGAGGCGGCUACUGAGGAAUAUGACGAGCAACAGAAAAUGACAAUUGCAGACCACUUAACGUAUUGUGUGCUUAAUUCAGUCCAAAUGAUCAGUGACAAGGAGAUCCGAGGUGUUGUCACGGUAAAUAAAACCAACUUUCAACCGGUUGAAACACGUCAAAUGUACUCAACCGUGGAGUUCUACCCUUGCACUGUAGAGAGCAAUCAGCUGCUUUAACAAGAUUACCUUAAAUUUUUUCCUCUCCAUCAUAUAAAUCUGUUGUUUUCACUGUCACAUGAUGCUUACAGUUAAGGCUAAACUUAUUUCUACCGUUGGCAGAUUUGGGUUUAAAGUCAUCUUUUGAUUUUACCAGCAUGCUUCUUUUGACAGGGAUUAUUAUCAAUGUUUUCAAAGUUUCCAAGCCAGAACCCCAACUUGAAUCUGACGGAGAAUCUGUGAAGGGAGCUACAUGUUAGGGUGAUGGUGACCUGGAGGUCUUCACUAAAGAUAUGUUUUUAAAAUAGCAGCGCAGGCUUCCAGUCUGUCUAACAAAGAAACGGUUUAUUUUGUUUGUACGGUUACAUAGAGGUUGUCUUAUGUUAAACUAUGAUUGUGGUUUGAGUUUAGUUUCUUCAUUUUACCUCUUUUACGGGCUCCAUGUUACUUGUUUGAGUUUACUAUUUUGUGGACAUAAAGCUCAUAAUGAAUGGGAUAAACUGAUAUCGUGUUAUAUCUUGCAAGGAAAAAAAAACUAAGGAUAAGAUUCCAAACUCUGUCAUUUGGCAAAGCACAGGGGUGGACUGCCACUUUCUGAAGGAUCAGUACAUAUCAGCCCAGUUAUGCAUCCUGUUUUGUUAUGUACCAGAUUACAACGUGAGAUGGAAGGAAAUAGAAGAAAACCAAGAUUAGGAGACAAAAGAUUAGUUAAAAGACUGACAGAAACUUGUCAACGU